AUGUAUAAAAUGGAAUAUUCUUACCUCAAUUCCUCUGCCUACGAGUCCUGUAUGGCUGGGAUGGACACCUCGAGCCUGGCUUCAGCCUAUGCUGACUUCAGUUCCUGCAGCCAGGCCAGUGGCUUCCAGUAUAACCCGAUCAGGACCACUUUUGGGGCCACGUCCGGCUGCCCGUCCCUCACGCCGGGAUCCUGCAGCCUCGGCACCCUCAGGGACCACCAGAGCAGUCCGUACGCCGCAGUUCCUUACAAACUCUUCACGGACCACGGCGGCCUCAACGAAAAGCGCAAGCAGCGGCGCAUCCGCACCACUUUCACUAGUGCGCAGCUCAAGGAGCUGGAGAGGGUCUUCGCUGAGACGCACUACCCGGACAUCUACACCCGGGAGGAGCUGGCCCUGAAGAUCGACCUCACCGAAGCGCGAGUCCAGGUGUGGUUCCAGAACCGCCGCGCCAAGUUCCGCAAGCAGGAGCGGGCGGCAGCGGCCGCCGCGGCCGCGGCCAAGAACGGCUCUUCGGGGAAGAAGUCCGAUUCGUCCCGGGACGACGAGAGCAAGGAGGCCAAGAGUACCGACCCGGACAGCACUGGGGGUCCCGGCCCCAACCCCAACCCCACCCCCAGCUGCGGGGCGAAUGGCGGCGGCGGCGGCGGGCCCAGCCCGGCAGGGGCCCCGGGGGCUGCGGGCCCCGGGGGCCCGGGAGGCGAACCCGGCAAGGGAGGCGCGGCGGCGGCGGCGGCGGCUGCGGCGGCGGCGGCGGCUGCGGCGGCGGCGGCGGCGGCCGGGGGCCUGGCUGCGGCCGGGGGCCCUGGACAAGGCUGGGCUCCCGGCCCCGGGCCCAUCACCUCCAUCCCGGAUUCUCUCGGGGGCCCCUUCGCCAGCGUCCUAUCUUCGCUCCAAAGACCCAACGGUGCCAAAGCCGCCUUAGUGAAGAGCAGUAUGUUCUGAUCUGGGAUCCCGCGGCGGCGGCGGCG